AUGUCGGGUGAUUCUUCUCGAACAUACCCGGCGUCUGUUACUCACGUUACUCGUCGGAUGGUGAAGGGGCUUUGGCUUGGCCUUGUCGUCUUUCGUAUGAUCAACGCGCUUGCUGUCACAACUUUUUUCCAGCCUGACGAAUACUUUCAAUCGCUGGAGCCGGCAUGGCAGCUAGCCUUUGGUACAGAGAGCGGUGCUUGGAUUACGUGGGAAUGGGAGUAUCGCCUCCGCUCUUCAUUACAUCCAGCUAUCUUUGGAGCUUUCUACUUUGUGGCUGGAUUCUGCCUCCGACCUCUCGAACAUUAUCCGCAUCUUCGUGCUCUCAUCUUGACUAACUUGCCCAACUUGGUGCAGGCAUAUUUUGCCGCCCUAGGAGACUUUUACACCUGGCAGCUUGCAGAAAAGAUAUAUGGCCGGCGAAACCACGCAGCAUGGGCAACACUUUGGAUAUCGCUUCUCAGCCCGUGGCAGUGGUUCUUUUCCACAAGAACAUUUUCAAACAAUCUCGAGAUGACGUUAACUACAGUCGCAUUGUACUUUUGGCCUUGGGCCUUAUCUUCGGAGUCUCAUCUUCAUCCAACCUGUAGUGAUGCUGAGGUGAACGGCUCAGUUGAUGUUCUGAGCGUAAGUCAAACCACAGACAUCAAAUUCACCCGACGCCUUAGUAUAUCCUUAACUCUCGCAGGGACUGCCUCCAUAAUACGCCCAACUAAUCUGUCUAUAUGGCUUUCUCUUCUCGUGCCCCAUCUAGGUGGUCUCAUCAUGCGCCCUACGCAUCGAAUUCUUUCUCGUCGCGCCUACUUCACAUUAACACGUCAAGCUAUUUACUCUACGGCACUAGUGCUCUUCACUGCUGUCAUCUCAGACCGCCUCUUUUAUCAGACUUGGACCUUCCCGCCCUACCAAUGGUUGCACUUUAACAUUAUACAGGACGUCGCCGUAUUUUAUGGCGCAAACAACUGGCACUAUUACUUUACCGAAGGUCUACCACAAUUACUGACUACAUAUCUACCCUUUGCGCUUGCAGGACUGUGGCAUGCUUGGAACUUGCCCUCGGGAGAUAUAAGAUUUGUGCUAGCCACGUCCAUUCUUGCUACCCUUGGAGUGUUGAGUCUUACAUCACAUAAAGAGGUAAGAUUUAUAUACCCAAUACUUCCUCUACUACACAUUCUCGCUGCACCUCAUAUAGCUGGAUUCUUUAUCGAUAUCAAGGCCCUGACAAGGUCUCGGGGUAACACUUUGGGAUUCUUUCGCCACAAAAACAUUUUGAUUAGCCUUCUUAGCAUCAAUCUUCUGAUCGCAUAUUAUACCACGAGGAUUCAUCAGUCUGGUGUUAUCGCGAUCUUCCCUUAUCUUCGCCGCAUCUACGAGGAGAAUCACGCGACGGACACUUCUCUCGUGUCAUCCUUCCCCUCCCCUACUGCUCCUCCUUAUCUGGCUUUUCUUAUGCCAUGCCACAGUACGCCCUUUCGUAGCGCUCUUAUCUAUCCAGGGCUCACGGCCUGGGCCUUGACCUGCUCACCACCUCUCGACACUGCACCAGGCUCAAUACAGCGUGCUAACUACCGAGACGAGGCUGAUCGUUUCUUUGCGGAUCCAGUAGGCUUCCUUGCGCACGAGGUUGGUGCUAGUAACAACACACGUGCUUGGCCUACACUUGUCAUUGGUUUCGCCAGCAUUGAGACGCCUCUGCGCCUGGCUUGGGAGGCGGCAGCUGGCCAUGACUCGCGUCUCACGGAAGUCACUCGAGUCUUUAACUCGCAUUGGCACGAUGAUCCUCGCCGUAUGGGUCCUGUAGUUGUGUGGAAACUAUGGCGUGGUAGCAAGGCUGUUGACUUUUCUCCUUCGUAA